AUGUUUCAAAGCGUGCCGAGGCAGGAGGCCUUCGUGGUCGUUCCAAAAGUCCAGGACAGCAAGUUGGUACUGCCUGGAUUCGGUUUGCCGCUCAAUUAUGCACCGGUGGAGCAGAACAUCUACGGUGUCCAGAACCGAAGCUUGUUUCCAACAAGUCUGGACGAUCGGGAUAUCGCAAGAGGGGACGUCGAUCAGCCUGUUUUGACCCUCCGUGAGAUGGGGAUGGUAAGGGUGAUGGAGCGCAUCACAGAUUUGCCUGAUUGGCAUAAAAACAUAUUUCUUCAUGAGGUUGCCGAAACAUGGAAGAAAGAAGCAAUGGGCGAGGAAGAUAUCACCAAAAACAUGGCCGACUGGAUUAUCGAGGAGCUACAAUUCAAAGCAAUCAUCUACGAGCAUACCCAGGUUGUCUCGUUGUACAACGGCGACGUUACCAAGUCAGACCACAAUGUGCCGGAAUCAUUUCGAAUUCAAUUAAAAUCGGCAACCAGCGCUCUUGAGGAAGUGCCACCGGUAUUGAAGUUCUAUAACCCAGGGGCCAAGUAUGUGCAACGCGAUCUCGUCCCGGUUGGAUUCUUUCCUCUUGUGUAUGGGCGGACACGUGUUCUCAAGGAUCGAGUCAUUGGGCUGGAUGAUGCAUUGGACAACGCUGGCCAAGGGGUGGUGAUCCCUGUCCCUCCAGAGACGAUCACACGUGAGGACAUGGCUUGGAGAGUCGCUGCUCGCGCCGACAUCACUGUUAAGCCUUUCAGUCGCAGGUUCCAGGUUCUUCCGUGUGAUCUUGAGUUGAAGGACGACGGCAAGUGGCACAUUGUCAGUUAUAUCAAUAACCUACACCCGGUGCAUCACCGCAACAUAUACACGCUGAUUGAGGACCUGUUCAACAUGACAAUUCCUCAGUGGAAUGCAUCAUUGACUCCGCUCAAGGAUAUGCUUCACGCCCGUGCACGGAUUGAGUAUAAAAAAGCCGAGUACUAUCCCAUUUCGAAGGAGGUCGAGGAACAGACGCCUAAAGCAAGACCGGGCGAGGCGGAAGUAGAAUAUCAAGAUAGACUGGAUGCGUGGAGGAUGGAGAAUUGGAAAGCCAUCCAACCGGACGCUGGGAAAUUCAUUCCCUGGGCCGUACCACCAUGGAUGAUGUCCUUGAUACCAACGGAUCUCCCGACCCCGGUCCGGAUUGAGCAGGGUGUUGAGCUGAACAAAGACUAUGGACAUCGGGGGCUACAAGUAAUUGUUAGAAUUGUCAGUCACGAUCUGACGCCUGAGCAUCCGUACUUUGAAUCCGGCUGGCACUGCGAAGGCCAGAUGAAUGAACAUACGGUCGCAACGAUGAGUUACACCUUCCACAUGGACAAUGUGCAAGUUCCCUCGGUGGAAUACCGGCAAAUCUCCGAAACCGCCUCCCUGACCGAGGUCGAGCACGAGCCCGACGACACAGUCUGGCUGAAACAAGUCUUCGGCCUGGAGGACGGAGAACCUUGCGUCCAAACCGUGGGCAAAAUCAAAGGGCACCUCGGCCGAGUCAUCAUUUACCCGAACACCCUCCAGCACCGCGUGAACCGCUUCGAGUUGACGGACAGCACUAGGCCUGGCUGUGUCAAGGUGCUCCAUCUUUUCCUGGUCGACCCCAACAUCCGCAUCAUUUCGACGGCCAAUGUCCCGCCUCAGAGAGUGGAUUGGAGCUUUGAAGGAGUCAGCCCCCAGGAACUUGAUGGGGUGUAUCGCAUGCUGGAUAGACUCGCCCUGGAGUUCCGGGGGAGGAAGGACAGUCUACCUAUCUCCAUGGACGAGGCUAGGAAACUACAUGACGAGGUCUUUCGGGAGAGGGUUGAGUACACCAAGUACCAGCAGGUUGCCUUCGAAUCGAACGUAGUCGUUCUUUAA